GUCAGAGGUUCUCAACUGUACUUGAAGUAAAGAUAAGAUUGGGCUUUGAGGAUAAUAUAUCCACAAGAUCUUUACGGAUUAAUCUUGACACGCUUCUGAACGAACUUAUUUAAGCCUAGGUGACGGAUUGAUUUUUCGAAAUCAUUUCGACGACAGGAGUUGUCUCCUUUAAUCCAAAGAACUGAGAACCAGCUAAAUAAUGUUUGUCGUAAUUUGGUCAACGCUGAAAAAAAUAUUCCGCAUUCGCAAGACACUCUUCGCCUUUCUCAUACCACUAUUAUUGAUACCAAUUCCAGCUAAGAUCGGAACUCCGGAAGCAAAAUGUGCCUAUGUUCUCUUAUUAAUGGCCUGUUUUUGGCUAAUGGAAAUUAUGCCUCUCGCCGUCACUGCCUUGAUACCUGUAGUUUUUCUUCCAUUGUUUGGCAUACUCAGCACAGACGAAACCUGCAAAAUUUAUAUGAAGGAGAUCAAUAUGAUAUUUCUGGGUAGUCUGAUAGCGGCCACGGCAGUGGAGCAUUGUAACCUCCAUAACCGACUCGCUCUGAGGAUUCUGUUGUUAGUCGGAACAUCACCACGCUGGUUAAUGUUGGGUUUCAUGCUGACUACCGUACUGUUAGUAAGCGUAAUCCCUAUGGAAAAGAUGACAGAUCGUAAGCUUUCCAUGGCAUCAGUGACUACCGAUCCUAUUGAACAGGAUUCAAGGAGUAAAGAAGAAAAAAACUUGCGAAAAGCACUUUUUAUGGGUGUUUGUUACUCUGCCAAUAUCGGCGGGACCGGCACCUUGACAGGAACGACCCCAAACCUCAUUCUAAAAGGCCAAAUUGAUGAUGACUUCAAGGACUACUCUAAACUAACAUUUGCCUCCUGGAUGUUGUUCAAUAUACCUGGUACCAUACUUUGUGUUAUCUUAGCGUGGGCAUGGCUGCAGAUUCUGUUCAUGCGUCAGUGUGGAAAAGACAAGAAAAACAGCAAUGAUUCAGUGAAGACAAUCAUAGAAAAAAACUACAAAGAUCUGGGAUCGAUCACUUUCCACGAAGCUGCUGUUCUGGUCCUUUUUAUCAUACUGCUCAUCCUCUGGUUCUGCCGUGACCCAGGUUUUAUGCCAGGUUGGGGCGUAGCACUUAGCGGUGAAGAGAACAAGACAUUUCUCAAAGAUGCCAUCCCUGCUAUUGCUAUCGUUCUCCUACUUUUCGUAAUACCGGCUAGGCCUAUGGAACCCGAGACUAGUCCUCCUCUGCUGGAGUGGAAAAUAGCUCAACAGAACGUGUCUUGGGGAGUAAUCCUUCUUCUUGGAGGAGGAUUCGCAUUAGCGGAAGGAACAACGAGAUCUGGACUAUCAUUUUGGCUUGGUGAUCAACUCGCUGUACUUCAAGCCUUGUCGGCAGAAGUCGUUGUUCUGAUUGUUUGUUUGAUUGCCUUAACUUUAACAGAGGUCGCUAGCAACACGGCCACUGCCACCAUCAUGAUGCCUGUUUUGAGUAACCUGGCAGAAGCUGUGGGAAUUCACCCGAUCAAGAUCAUGAUGCCAGUUGCCAUGUGUUGUUCGUAUGCAUUUAUACUACCCGUUGCUACCGCUCCCAAUGCUAUUGUCUUUGAAGCUGCACCGCUGACACAGACGGAAAUGGCUCUUCCGGGUUUUAUCAUGAAGCUGUUGUGUUUAUCCGUCAGUAUGUUAAUGAUUCAUACUAUUGGGAACCCCAUAUUCAAGAUGGACGUUCCUAUAAGUACAAAUUCAACACUGGGCUACUGAAUGGUUUUGCAUUAGUCAGUGUGUUGAGUGUGAACCUGUUAUUGUAAAAUGAAUGAUAAGUAUUUGUUGUUGCUGUCUAAACAAUGAAUAAUAACACAUACAAAGAAACGUCAUGGCGAUAAAAGUGCAUAACAAAUUAUAACUCGGAAAAAUUGAAAUUCAGAACUUGUAGGAAUUAUUCCAAAAGUGUUCAUUUUUAUCGCUAACAUUUAGGUUUCGUUAAAUCCAACAAAGGUUAUUUUUCUGUUGUUUUCAAAAGAUUUAUAUUUGUGUCUAAAAAGAAAAUAUAUUUUAUUUCACUGUACAUAAACCUUUGUAAAGCCAUACUUAUAUAUACCAUUUCCGAAUGUCAUGUGUGAAUAUUUUUGCUCAUAUCGUAGUUGAAUUUUGUCGAACAAUAAAGAACUACAACUUACGUUUCAAAAACUUA